AUGCCAGCGUAUAACUCUACGUUUGCUGCAGAUGCUCAAAAUGACCGAAUGGUAGGUAACGUGGUCCUUCUGCCCCUAAAGACGAACUUCCGUGGUCCCGCGUACCAGGCUAACUCAGACUACGAUAUUAUUGACGAGUGUUUGGACCUUUUUCGUGCCAAUUCGUUCUUCAAGAACUUCGAGGUCCGGUCAUCCGCAGACCGUGUGUUGAUUUAUGGUAUUUUAUUUGUCAACGAAUGCUUGUCCCAGUUAAGACCGUCCACAUCCUACAACGAGGCACUCAAGCUACUCACUAAUGUUGCUCUCGAUGAUUUCGCGGUACCAGGGACUCCAGGAUUUCCUCUCAACAACGUGUAUUCGGUUCCAGUACAGAAUCACGCUGAUAUGGACCUCUUGAAGUCGUAUAUCCAACAAUUUCGCCAGGAAUUAGCUAUGCGCCUGCUUGAAAGGCUAUACAUGGAGUCGAAGGAGAAACCUUCGAAGUUUUGGUUGGCGUUUACCAGAAGACGGUUUAUGAAUAAGUCUUUGUGA